UGAUAAUGGAAUAGUGUCAGUUAGAUGGGUUUCAGAUUGGUUUCACAGGUUUGCGCAACAUCGAGGGACGAAGGGCCUGUACUGCACUGUAAUGUUCUAUGUUCUAUCCACCCUAACCUGCACACCUGUGGACUGCACUCCUAUGGAGGAUACCUGAGCACUCGGAGGAAACACGCAGAUGCAGUAAGAAUGUGUUAACUCCACACAGAGAGGUGUCCAAAGGUGGAACAAAACCCAGGUCCCUGACGCUGUGAAGCAACAGUGCUAACCACUGAGCCACCAUGACACCCCAUAUGGCUGUGGGUCUGGAGUCACAUGUAGACCAGACCAGUGCUUAUUCUCUACUAACCUUCUGGAGGGUGCUCGGUCGUGGCAGCAACAGCAGUGGAGUGGGCACAGAGUGGGCACAGACCAGGGCUACGGAAGUAUGUGAUGCGGCAUCUGGUGAACCCGGACAGCGAUCGGCAGCGAGACAACAGCAUCGAGGCACGGUGAUGGAGACCAGAGCUCAGGGGGAGAUGGAGACCAGAGCUCAGGGGGAGAUGGAGACCAGAGCUCAGGGGGUGAUGGAGACCAGAGCUCAGGGGGUGAUGGAGACCAGAGGUCAGGGGGUGAUGGAGACCAGAGGUCAGGGGGUGAUGGAGACCAGAGCUCAGGGGGAGAUGGAGACCAGAGCUCAGGGGGAGAUGGAGACCAGAACUCAGGGGGAGAAUGAGACCAGAGCUCAGGGGGAGAUGGAGACCAGAGCUCAGGGGGAGAUGGAGACCAGAGCUCAGGGGGAGAAUGAGACCAGAGCUCAGGGGGAGAUGGAGACCAGAGCUCAGGGGGAGAUGGAGACCAGAGCUCAGGGGGAGAAUGAGACCAGAGCUCAGGGGGAGAUGGAGACCAGAGCUCAGGGGGAGAUGGAGACCAGAGCUCAGGGGGAGAUGGAGACCAGAGCUCAGGGGGAGAAUGAGACCAGAGCUCAGGGGGUGAUGGAGACCAGAGCUCAGGGGGAGAAUGGAGACCAGAGUUCAGGGGGAGAUGGAGACCAGAGCUCAGGGGGUGAUGGAGACCAGAGCUCAGGGGGAGAAUGGAGACCAGAGUUCGGGGGAGAUGGAGACCAGAGCUCAGGGGGAGAUGGAGACCAGAGCUCAGGGGGAGAAUGA